AUGACCGAUAUAUCAAGUGUAAAGAAGAAAAGCGCGGGUGGAAAUAAGUUUUGGCUCCAAGUGAUGGACAACGCAUCCGAUUUCAUAUUUUCAAUGUUCCUAAAGAAGAAAAGCGAAACAAGUGCUAAGAUGAUAGCUUUGGUGAACAACCUAAAUGCAAAAGGAUUCAAAGUCAAAAAGAUUCGAUGUGACAGAGCUGGAGAGAACAUGCAGUUCCAAGAUGAAGCAAAGAAUGAAGGACUCGGUUUGACCUUUGAAUUCACAGCGCCCAAUACACCACAGCAAAAUGGACGAGUCGAAAGGAAGUUUGCAACGGCUUUCGGACAAGUUUGUGCUAUGAUGAACACUGCUCGGAUGACAGAAACGAUGCGUGGCAAUCUAUGGGCAGAAGCAGCAGAUACAGCGACGAAAUUGGACACAGCACUUGUCUAUCAACGUGGUGAACAAAGUUCACAUCAAACAUUCUGGAAACAAGAAGCUAGAUUUGCGAGACACUUGAGAACAUUUGGUGAAAUGGCAGUGAUUAAGGUACACACAAAGAUCAAGGGUAAACUGAAAGACCAAACUUGGAUUCUACGCAAAUCUACGGGGAGUUUCCAAAAAUUGAUUUGGAAAUUCUACUAUCCAAAGACAAAGCAAAUCAGUUCAAGUCGAGAUGUGUCCUGGUUGAAAAAAAGCUACGGAGAUUGGAAGGGAAUCAAGAAAGCCAACACACUACGAUUGGCACAGGAGAUUCUAUUGGAAACAGUAAAUGACAAUGAUAUUACACAAGCACCAACAACUAACACAAAUGACGCAAACACAACAGCACCAGAACCGGGACCGAUUCCAACAGCUGCAGCACCAGCAGAGACGGCAACAAUACCAGCAGCACAAUUGGACUCGGGGGCAAAUCAACAAAGAGGUAGUACACGAUUUGGGCCAAAGCAACCACGGGCGACAACAGCACCAAUUCCCAGAUGGCAGCAAGAUUUACGAACAUGGGACACGGACCGACAUGGGACCCAACCAAUACUUUGUACUCGGACCCAAACAAGAUUGGCAACUGCAAAUUCCGAAUCAGGAAGGGAGACAGCAACUUGUGUUCGAACAACAGAAGUACCAACGGAAGAAGAAGAAAUCAAUUUCACAGGGGAUCGAAGUGGACCACUAUUCAACAAAAACGAUGUUGCAAACAUGAUGAUGAAUCCGGAUUUACAGUGGCCAGAUCCAGUGCUACAAGUGACAGAAGAAAUGAUGGAAAAUAUUGUGGAAAACAAAAAAGCGGAAGACACCAAGUACAAAGAACCAAAGAACUUCCAAGAAGCAUGGAACCAUCCAGACAAAUAUCAACGGGACAAAUGGCGAGAAGCAAUUAGAAAGGAAUUUCGUGACAUGAUACGCCGUGGAUUUUGGUGA